UCUUUAGAAAAACAUAAAGCCACGAAACAACAUGCAAAACUUCAGUCAUCUUUAAAAAUUGCAGGUAAUCUUCAGAAUUUUUUAGUACCAAAAAACAUAGCAACGAAGAAACUGAAAUCGCAAAAGCAGAAUUGGUCGUUGUGUUUCAUAAUGUGCAACACAGACUAAGUUACAAUAGUUUAGACUGUUUGACAAAAUUAGCCCCAUCAAUGUAUAGCGAUAGCAAAAUUGCCGCCAAAUUAUCAUGUGGACGCACAAAAGCAGCCGUAAUAGCGCGAAAUGUAUUAGCUCCGUACGCUCAGGAACAGUUGGUUUCUGAUUUAAAGACAUGCGACUAUUUCUCAGUAAGCAGUGACGCUUCAAAUAUAGGAAACAUUAAAACUUAUCCAUAUGCUGUACAAUUUUUCAGUCCUGAGAUAGGCAUUUCAAAAAAACUACUUGACUUUUAUGAAGAUCCAUACGAGCCUUCAAAAGAUAUAUUUAAUAAAAUUAAGUCGAUAACUGAAGAAAACGAGCUAAAAAUGCAGCAAAUAUCAGCAUACAGUGCGGAUAACGCAUCAGUGAAUUAUGGAAAACAUAAUUCGGUUUACCAAAAACUUUAUGAUGUCAAUAAUCAUAUUAAGAAGGCUAAUUGUAAUUGUCACGUCAUAAACAAUUGCGUUAAAUACGCCCUAAAGGCUUUUUCCGUGGACAUUGAAAGCAUAGUAAUUAAGACUUUUAAUGAAUUCAGUUCCUCUAGCACAAAAACUGAAAAACUAAAAGAAUGUUUUGAAUUUGCAAGUGUCAAAUAAAAAAACCUUCUCCGACACGUGCCAACUAGAUGGUUAUCUCUCUUGCCUACUAUCGACAGAUUGGUUUAUUGUUGGCCUGCAGUAAAAAUGUAUUUUUUGACAAAAGGAGAAGAUUAUUGCAGAAAAGAAAUAUAGGAAUUCGAUUCUAAAGGAUCGACCUUAGCUGAUUUGACUGAUAUCAAUAGCAUUGAAUUUCGUGAAGGAAUUUCAGAGGCCUAUUUAUAUUUCAUUUACAAUAUUAUGCCUGAAUUUAAUUUAACAAUUACAGCCUUGGAAAAUGAUUCGUGCACUAUUACGGAAGUUGACGAUAUAAUGCGAAUGCUAAUGAGCCACCUAAAGAAUAGAUUGAAAGAUAAAUUUUAUGGCAGCAAAAACAAAGAAAUCCUUAAAAAAAAUGAACGAUCGUAAGAGAGCCCAAUUUACAAGCGAAACCGAACAGUUUCUGAAAAAUCAAUACAGUAUUUAGAAGAGAGAUAUGAUUUUGCAGAGAAUUCGAUUUUUAAAAAACUUUCUAAGUAUUUUGGCGCUAAACAAACCAAAAAAUGACGAUUUGUUCAGUUGGGAAGAUCUUUCUGAAUUGCCAGAAAUAUUAAAGAUAUUAACAGCGACGGCUUAUACAUGGAUUACUGUUGUCUUCGCCAAAUAUAUGAACAUGUUCCAAAGAACUUGACAAAUGAUAAAUUAUGGGCUCAUAUUUUCAAAAACUGUAACGAUGAUUUGACAAAUUUGAAAAAACUGAUUUGUUUUGUGCUGUCCAUACCAAUAAGCUAUGCUUAUUGCGAAAGAGUCUUUAGCCUUUUGAACAAUUUGUACACUAAAGAUAGAAAUCGCAUGUCAUUUGAUUUAAUCAAAUCAGAGUUAAUAAUUCGAUUGAACUUUGACGAAAAUGUACUAAAUUUAAAUCUUUUCUAAAUACAGAUAAGGGUUCUAAAAUGAUAAAUGCGGCUAAAGGAAAUGCUAAAUAUAUAUGGCAGAAAAAGUGAUUUCAUAUUAAUUUUGUUUGUUUUUUUUUUUAUUUAUUUAUUUAAUCAAGCAAUAUUACAAUUAUAAUACAUAUUAUAGUGCAAACAAAAACCAGAAAGGUUUAUUCGUGCACUACAUUCACCGCUGUACAUCUAGUUACAAUAAAUAAAUAUAGGUUUUCACACUGUAGUAAUUAUUAUUAAAUAACAAUAUUUUAUAAAAUAAGUGGGUAUGUUGGAAAUAGUAAACAUUGACAUGAUAAUUAAUUUGCGCUUGCACAUGCAGGUCACAAAAGACGCACGAACCUAUAACGGUUGGGUUUCUUUUUUCAUGCUAGCAUACAAGUCGUAAUGCAGUUAUCCUAGAUAAAGAAUGCUCCAAUUAUAAUGAUAAAUAUGACUUUUUUUAAUGUUUUUAUGUUAAGUUCGUUGUAACGGUUAUUUUAAAUGAAUUAUUUUUAAGUUAUUGAUAAAGUGACUUUUUAAUGUGCGUUUUAUGUUUCCUUUAUUUAGUACGUUUUUUAUUUCAAAUGGUAACUUAUUUACUAAAUUUGGAACAAUGAAUUGUGAAAUGUUCGUUGCCCAUAUAGGUUAUUUGAUUUUGGAAUUAAUAAUUUAUUAUUUGCAACGCCUCGAGUUAACUUACUAUGAGAUGACUACUACUACUAUGGUUAAGGUUCCACUGUUUUGAAAUAGUAAAAAAAAAUAUGAUAAUGCUGAUUAAUGUAUGUGGCAAAAAAGUCUGUUUUGUAAUAAUAAGAAUA